AAAGCGGCAGAGUAAAAAGUUGUACAGUUUUCCAGAAUGUAAAGUCUCCUAUUGGUCAGGUUGUGCUGUAUGCAAAUGAAGUCGCUACGUCAGAUCCUGAACUUGAGCGCCAUUUUUUUUUUCCUCAACAGGAGGAAGAAAGGGGACAAAAGCUAGACCAAAAAUAACUUAUCUUCGGAUUCCUUGCGCCGUAAUCGCCGUUCACAUUCAACUUUAGCCCCUCAGCGCGGCGUGCGUGGGGAGGGGAUGCUGCUCCGGUGAGCGGGGGGUUGAGCAGCGCUGGGAGCAGACGCAGUUCACCGACACACAUCUGCGGGCCGGUGGAAGUGGAGCACCGUGGCUCCGCCGGAGGAGACGCAGCGACGACUAACGUUAAUCUGCGCCGAAAAUAUCGCCGAGGAUCCCGGCAUCACAAUGAUUCAUUAAGUGUGAGGCAACAAAAUGAGAAGUACAGGGACACACAAAGAGAUGGUGAUUAGGAUGACGAGAUCCAUACCAGUGAUAUGAGCCUUUAGAACCGUGCUUGUGUGGAAGACGCUAAAAUGUACACUAAAAUGCAUUCAGGUUUGCAGUAAAUCAUGUAUCAACUUCCAGUAGGAAGUGUAGAAAAGAUUCGAAAGGCUCGUAAAGCAGUGAAAAACAUCCUAAGUGAGAUCGGCCUCGAAGACUGUCAGAACUGGCUGAAGGAUCUGAAUGAAAACCCAGAUGAGAAAAAUCCAGAUGAGGAAGAGGAAAAAGAAGAAGCCUUUCAGGAAACGGAAUGGGUUGAUAUCACAGAGGGAUUCAGUGUCCGACAGCAGAAGAAGUGGCCGUAUCGGUCUCGAUCUCUGUGCUGCACCCUCUGCAAGUACUCAUCACAAAACCUCUACAACUUCAGAAGCCACGUCUCUCGCUGCCAUGCAUACGUUCAGUCGUACUGCUCACUGGCACCCUGCUCUCAAUGCCUCUUUAUCGCUCACCCCAAGAUCGUCAAGAAGCACAUGCUCUUCUUCCACGCCAAACUGCCCGUCCCAAACAUACAGCCGCAGAAGGAGAGUGGGUUCACCCAUCGCUCUGCUGAGAGGUAUCAAUGUCGAAGGUGUGGAUUCCCGACCUCCUCUAUCUUCGCGAUAAAGAAGCACAUCAUUCUCAAGCACCUGGAUCACCUGGCAGAUCAAUACAUUGGUUACAGAUUGCACCAGCAGGCGACUACAGCAGUAAAGAUCUACUGCUGCAAGGUGUGCAAGGUAAACACUGGAACUCUAGACCAAAUGUUGCACCAUAUGCUGGUGGAACCAGCACACUAUACUGUCACCAUACAGGUGCAGAGUGUCAUUACGGAAAACAAGAACUACACUGUUAAACCAACUUCUAAUGGAAAUGGAUUGUUGGUCACAUUCCCAAAUAUUGCCCCCAAACCACAGGCGCCUCAGAUAUUUCCCAGUAACCAGCUGGUUUUACCCAGUAAUGGCCAACCUGCUGGGACUGUUGUGGCGGUGCAGCAGCUGCAAGGCAACACGAACAGUGCAACUCUGAUCUGUACUCCUGGAACCAACCAAGCUUUUCUCCCUCCACAAGCAUCGGCACUAGUGCAGCUUGCUAGCGCAGAAGCUAAAGGUUUGCUCCAGCCAGGUGCAACGAUAGCCCUCCGUAGCGCUCUGCCCCAAGGGUCGUCCGUAGUCCAGCUUCCCACAGUGUCCAAUGUGUCUCUGAAGCAGACACCCGUAACCUUACCCUCUCCUAUAGCUCAACCACAACAGGCUCAACCACAAGGGCAGCAAGUGGUUCUUUCACCAGGACCUCAAACCAAUCUGGCUGCUGGAGUUGCUCCUAAGCCUGUUGUGGCUGCACAAACUUCACAAGCAAACCACACUCCCCUACAAGGAACCAUGCUCACUUCACAGUCCCUGCUGAGUCACCUUAUCCCCACCGGCAACAGGGUGAAUGGCAUGCCCACGUACACAUUCGCUCCACUCGUCUCUCAGAAAACUUCCAUGCCUCUCAAGCCUGUUGAGCAAUUGUGUAACUCCACGCCACAGACCAAGAGGUGGAUCACCUGCCCCCUCUGCAAUGAACUUUUCCCUUCAAACGUCUUCGAUAUGCACAUGGAGGCCGCCCACCAGACCAAAUCUACCGCUUCCAAGUCAGAAAGCGUUGCCGCCCGAGCAGCAUUCCUGAAGAAAAUGCCCGACAAGACCGUCAAAUGUCUAACAUGCAAAAUUUUGCUAACGGAGCGGGUCGUCUUCCAACACUUGCUGCAUGGGCUCAAUUGUUUGUACUGCUCAGCUUUGUUCUUUUCAGUCAAACAGCUUGUAGACCAUGUAAAGCUGCACAAUCCAGCCAGCAAGGUGUAUUGUGACUUUCUUAGGCAGAAGUACAGGAUCUACUCCAAAGGUAACGGUGCCAUUAUCUUCCCUCAUUUCGACGUGAACACCACCGCACCAAAGGACAUCCUGGGAGAAGCAGAGGUCAACCUUGCCCUAGUCACAAGUUCUCCUGACCUCAUUUACUUCAAGUUGCAGGCCAGCAGCCCACAAGACGUUUGCCCCGCACCCAUGAAAAUCCAUAGCGCCUACUGUCCCUUCUGCAACGAGAGGUUUCAGAAUCAGUCUGAUCAUGUCCUGCACUUGAAACAGAAGCAUUUUGUGGCGCCAACUAUUCAUGCCAUCUUGAAAACUGAGGCGUUCAAGUGCAUAUACUGCAACGGGGUGUACACAGGAAAAGUCACUCAGCAGGCUGUGAUGCUCCAUAUCCAGCGGUGUCGCUGUUCUCCAAAACCACCUCCACUGCCGCCACCACCACCGAUUCCUAAGCCCAUGGCUCCCACAGCUGUGCUGCAGCAUCAACCACAACUAAAGCCAGCUCCGCAGGUCAGUCAGCAGUCGGGACUUUACUUCCUCCAAGUGCCGCAGGGAAUGACGAUGACACGGGCCAUAGCCCCAGCUCGUGUGAUCCAAGCUCCAGCCCCUGCGGAUCCCCCAGAAACCGAGGCAGAGCGGCAGCUGAAGAGGAAGCUUGAGGCAGCUUUGAAGGAGGCCAUGGAGGCCAACAGGCGAGAGCGAGAAGAAAAGGCCGCCAUGCGCAAGAGGAAAGAGCAGGAGAAACGGCAACGGGAGAAGGAGUUGCAGGAGAAGCAGGAAUCCCCACCAGAACCAGAGGUGCUGAGCGACCCUACGGUCAAGCUCGUGUUGGAGCCGACCGCCGUGGAGCGGCGCUGCAGUGACGAACGCAGAGAGUUUAUCUCAAAGUACUUCAACAUGAACCCCUACGCCACCAAACCGGAGACAGAGGAGUUGUGCAGAAGGCUGUCUAUAACCAAAGCAGAGCUGGCGGGUCACUUCAGCAAGAAGCGCAGCAAGUGCAUGAAAAGCCUCAAGAGGAACACGGCCGCCAUCUUACUCGGCUUUAACAUGAGCGAGCUGAGUAAAGUGAAGCACAAGCUACUGAUCCCAGAGCCAGAGGCGCCGGCCGACAUCGUGGAGUCGGACGACGAGGAGGAGGAAUCUGAAGAACCGGAAACGACUGAAAAAGCGGCGGAGCAGGAACCGACGACGACUGUAGAAGGGGCGAAGGAUGUGGAGGAGGAACUAGAACCGAUGGAUGUAGGUGACGCAGAGACGGAGCAGGAGCCAAUGGAAUGAGCUGAGAUAUUUGAGAUAUGGACCAAAAAUAAGCAAAUCAAGUAACCGUUUAAAUUCAAAACAGAAACUGCUAAUUCCCAAUGACUUUUCUGUUGAGUCAUAGUCUCAUUUCAUAAUAUCUAAGUUAUCCUGAAACAGAGGGCGGUUUGUGGAUGUAGCCCUCACUAAUAGUGCUUUGGUCCACCUCAGUAUGUCAUCAGUGCUCCUCCUUCUGGUUUCCACUCGGAUGCAGUGACAGGUUGAGGCUUUUCUAAAACAUAAUGAUACUGAGAUAAUGAACAGCAUCUCCCUGGAUUCAACUUUUAUCACAAACCCAAGUUCUCAGCUGCCUUUUAUACCCUUUAUUUAAGACCACUCACUCAAAUAUUUCUAACUUACUUUGGUUCAGUUUAUUAUUAUUUUUUAUUAUAUUAGACCUUGCCUUAUAAGUUUGACCCCUUUAUCUGUUGUGUGACCACCGCUGCUUUUGUAUUUUUCACCAUUUUUCACAGACCAAAUUCUCCUCAGAAAUGUUCCUCUCUUCCCUCCAAAUUUUACAGUUAACCUUUUUUUUUUUUUAGCCUUAAUUUGAAUUCUCAUAUUCUGUCAGAAUAACUUCAUUUGUGCCAUUGUGAGGUCCACACGUCUUGCAUAGACUUGAGCAAAGAUUAAACUAAACUCACACAUUGCUGAAUAAUCCUGUGCAUUGGUUUUGUUUUCCUGGCUGCUUCUUUUUGUAUUAGUAUUUUCUAUAACUACUAGAGUAUGAAAAUCGUUGGGUUAGAUAUAAAAGUAAAACAUUCUGUCCAAGGCCACUGUGGUGUAAAAAAAAAAACCCCAAAAAGAAAUAAGAAAAAUAAAGUGGUUUCUUUUUAAACAUGA